GCCAUGGUUCAGUUCACUCGUUCUGAGCUUUGCACGCGUAUUCUCGAGGGUCAGCAUCUAAUCAUCUAUAACAGAAACGUCCUUCGCAUUCCGCCGUCCUGGCUCGACGCUCAUCCUGGUGGUUCUCUUGCUCUUCUCCAUUUCGUUGGUCGAGAUGCAACCUCUGAAAUUGAUGCGUACCAUAAUGACCAGAUACUUCCAAUGGUAAAUAGGUAUUCCAUAGGAACAUUAAGUGAGCCUGGCCCUUGGAAUCCUCUUCUACCUCCAAUUGCAGCAGGCUGGGCGCGUAAAGAUGGCAAAUGGUCGAGCGAAGCCGCUACCUGGAACGCCGAUUCCAACCAGGUCUUCCUCGUAGCGAACAACUCUCCGGUUCUUCAGAAAUCAGCUCCCACAAUUGAAACCCUUACCCCUUUACCCAGUAAUAUAUCUCUUGAGGUACAGGAGCAGCAUUCUGUUGCCUACAAGAUGUUACACAAGCGUGUAAUUGAUGCAGGUCUCUAUAACACUCCAUAUCUCACUGGAUACGGGCCAGAGUUUGUUCGUUACAUCUCCCUCGGUUUGAUCUCAGCCUAUGCCUUCCAACAUAACUGGCUUCUGACAAGUGCCCUGGCUCUCGGUCUCAUGUGGCAUCAACUGAUGUUCUUCGUCCACGACCUCGGGCAUCUGGGUGUCACUGGAAAUUGGAAUAUCGACCGAAUCAUCUCGAUUAUUGUGGCCGACUUCAUUGGCGGUCUUAGCAUCGGCUGGUGGUCUGAUAAUCACAAUGUUCAUCAUCUGGUCACCAAUCAUCCUUCCCACGACCCCGACAUUGAGCACCUUCCCUUCUUUGCUAUUUCGCCCAAGUUCUUUUCCAACCUAUAUUCCUCUUAUUACAAAAGAGUCAUGCCUUUUGAUUCCGCGUCUCAAUUCUUCAUUCGCCUCCAGCAUUAUCUGUUUUAUGUGGUGAUGGCGUUUGCGCGCUUUAACCUCUACCGUCUCUCAUACGCCUCUAUGUACUCGAAACUAUUCGAGAAACGGCGCGCACGAGGUGGAAGAUGGGCUGUUGGGUUGGAAUUUAUCGGUGUAGCCUUCUUUUGGUGGUGGUUCGGCGGUAUCGUUCUAAGAGGCUGCGGAUCGUGGAAAAAGGCACUUGCUUAUGUUUUUGUCAGCCAUGCUGCUACGAGUCCCCUCCAUGUCCAGAUCGUUCUGUCGCACUUCGGAAUGUCGACUGAUGACUUAGGCCCUGUAGAGUCAUUCCCUGAUCGACAAUUGCGUACUACAAUGGAUGUGAAAUGUCCUGAGAAAUGGGGGUUCAUUCAUGGCGGUCUGCAUUUACAAGUCGCACAUCACCUCUUCCCUCGACUGCCACGACACAAUCUCAAUAAAGCUAGCCUUAUGGUCAAGGAGUUUGCCAAAGAGGAGAAUCUGACCUACGUCGAGUUUGGUUUUGUAUCUGCCAACCGAGAAGUAAUCGGUGUUCUACGCGAGGUUGCUGGCCUUGUCAGUUCGCUUGGUCAACAAGUCAAAUUGGUCGCAGAAGUUGCCAGUACAGAGGCCAAAGAAGCUGUCAACAAGAAGAUAGCCCAACAAGAAGCAGCGUUUACACGGAGUCGCUCAGGUAUUUCUCCUUCGAACAUCUAGAUCAAGUUGUUGGUACAUUGUUGAUUUAGAGAAAAUAAAUACAUGGCUCAAGCUAUAUG